ACUGACUUCUUGGCCAUAGAGAUGCGCAAAGGCAAGGUCAGCUUCCUGUGGGAUGUAGGAUCUGGUGUUGGACGGGUAGAGUAUCCAGAUCUGACCAUUGAUGAUGGGUUUUGGUACCGGAUUGAAGCCUCUAGGACUGGGAAAAAUGGAACAAUAUCGGUGCGAGCUCUGGAUGGUCCUAAAGCCAGCAUUGUGCCAGCCACAUUCAGUGCUGUCUCUCCACCUGGGUAUACCAUUCUGGAUGUAGAUGCUAAUGCCAUGCUGUUUGUUGGUGGUUUAACUGAAAAAAUAAAGAAGUCAGAUGCUGUAAGAGUCACCACCUUCACUGGCUGCAUGGGUGAGACCUUUCUAGACAGCAAGCCCAUAGGACUGUGGAAUUUCAGGGAUAUUGAAGGUGACUGCAAAGGGUGUGCCGUCAGCCCACAGGUAGCAGAUGGUGAAGGGACAGUCCAGUUCGAUGGUGACAGCUAUGCCAUGGUGAGCCGCCCGAUCCGCUGGAACCCCAAUAUUUCCACAGUCAUGUUCAAAUUCAGGACUUUCUCAUCAAAUGCCCUGCUGAUGUAUCUUGCUACUGAUGACUUGAAGGAUUUCAUGAGUGUAGAACUCAGUGACGGGCGUAUAAAAGUCAGCUAUGAUCUGGGUUCAGGUACAGCUUCUGUUAUCAGCAACCAAAAUCAUAAUGAUGGCAAAUGGAAAUCUUUCACCCUGUCAAGAAUUCAAAAGCAAGCCAACAUAUCAAUUGUUGACAUAGACACCAAUGAAGAAGAGACCAUAGCAACAACUUCUACAGGCAGCCACUUUGGGCUCAACUUAAAAGGGCAUGAGAAAAUAUAUUUUGGGGGAUUGCCAACCCUGAGGAAUCUAAGGCCUGAAGUGAACUUAAAGAAAUAUACAGGUUGUCUCAAAGAGAUUGAAAUUUCAAGGACACCGUAUAAUAUAUUGAGUAGUCCUGAUUUCGUUGGUCUAACAAAAGGAUGCACACUAGAGAACAUUUAUACAGUUAGCUUCCCCAAGCCAGGUUUUGUGGAACUGCAGCCUGUCUCCUUUAACAUGGGCACAGAAAUCAACCUCUCCUUCAGCACCAAGAAUGAGUCUGGGAUCAUCUUGUUUGGCACAAGUGGCACAGUUGUCCCCGGCAGAAGAAAGCGCAGAUACACUGGGAGGAAAGCUGCCCCUCUGAGAAGAAAGCGCAGACAGACGGGACAGGCCUACUAUGCAGUGUUCCUGAACAGAGGUCAACUGGAAGUGCAUAUCUCUACUGGGAUACGGGAUCCCCACAGAAUCACCAUCAAACCAGAAGCUGGCAAGUUUCACGACGGCAGAGCACACUCCAUCCGCAUAGAACGAGCUAAAGGGAUGUUCACUGUUCAAGUAGAUGAAGACAAAGUCCAGACUCAGCGAUUGCCAACAGACCAGCCCAUCUCUGUCAAGAAACUCUUUGUUGGGGGUACUUCUUCUCAGUUUCAGACUGCACCUCUCAGAAAUAUACCACCAUUUGAGGGCUGUAUAUGGAAUCUUGUCAUUAAUGCCACCCCCAUGGACUUUGCUCAACCCAUGUCCUUUGAAAAUGCAGAUAUUGGCCAAUGUCCCUCUCUAGAACCAGAGGUUAGACCACCUGAGGAUGAAGAUAAACCGAUCCACACAGCAGUCCUGAUCCAACCUGAACCAGACUCUAAUGGGGAGAAAGAAAGACCAAGCACUCCUCCUGCUUCCCCUCCUUCUCCAACACCAUCUCUCUCGCAUGUUUCCUGUGCUGCUGACACAGAACCAGCCAUUUUGGAAGGUGGCAAGCAAUUUGGUCUUUCAAGGAACAGCCACAUUGCAGUUGCAUUUGAUGACACUAAAGUGAAAAACAGGCUUACAAUUGAAUUUGAAGUCCGAACAACAGCUGAUUCUGGAUUGCUGUUUUAUAUGGCCCGCAUCAACCAUGCUGAUUUUGCUACAGUUCAGAUAAAGAAUGGACUGCCUUACUUCAGCUAUGAUCUGGGGAGCGGAGAUACCAACACAAUGAUUUCCAACAAAAUAAAUGAUGGCCAGUGGCACAAGAUAAAAGCCAUUCGAACAAAGCAAGAAGGAACCCUUAUAGUAGAUGAUGUUUCAAACAGGACUGUUAGCCCCAAGAAGGCUGAUAUAUUGGAUGUUGUAGGAAUGCUCUAUGUUGGUGGAUUGCCCAUUAACUACACAACUAGAAGAAUUGGUCCGGUCACCUACAGCAUCAACGGCUGUAUCAGAAGUUUUAAAAUGACAGAAUCACCUGUUGACCUGGAUAAUCCAGCUUCCAGCUUCAACGUUGGAAAAUGCUUUGUCACUGCACAGAAAGGAACAUAUUUCGAUGGAACAGGCUUUGCCAAAACAGUUGGUGCAUACAAAGUGGGAACAGACUUGCUUGUGGAAUUUGAAUUCCGUACAACACGAAUGAACGGUGUUCUCCUAGGAGUCAGCAGCCAGAAAAUGGAUGGGCUUGGCAUCGAACUAGUAGAUGGAAAA